GUCUGGAGUCCCCAGUCCUGAGGCCGGGAGGGGUGGUGCGACCCUCUGUCCCCGCCCCGGGGGCGGAGCCGAGGUCGGAGCCUGCGGAGCCUGAGACCAGGCGAAAUCGGCUGGAGGCUCCCUGCCCGGCUCCAGCCUCCCCUCGGGGAGACCCGACCCCCCCUUCCCCUGUCCACCACCUGCAAGACCCAGCCUCCCGGGUCCCCGGCUCGGCCCACGGGCCCCGGAGCAGGUGCAGGUGCGGCUUCCCCAUCUCUCUCCCACCCGGGCGCAACCCGCUGGGCGGCCAUGGCGCGAGGAGACGCCCCGCAGGACAGGCGAGUUGGGGACCGGAUGGGCUACCACCUGGUCGGGAUCAGCUUCUUCAUCCUGGGGCUGGGCACCCUCCUUCCCUGGAACUUCUUCAUCACAGCCAUCCCGUACUUCCAGGGGCGUCUGGCAGGGGCCAACGGCACCACCGAGACCCUGGGCACCAACCACACGAGCCCUGCAGAUACCUUCAACUUCAACAACUGGGUGACACUGCUGUCCCAGCUGCCUCUGCUGUUCUUCACACUCCUCAACUCCUUCCUGUACCAGUGCGUCCCUGAGACGGUGCGGAUUCUGGGCAGCCUGCUGGCCAUCCUGCUGCUCUUCACCCUGACGGCGGUGUUGGUCAAGGUGGACAUGAGCCCCGGGCCCUUCUUCUCCAUCACCAUGGCCUCUGUCUGGUUCAUCAACUCCUUCUGUGCAGUUCUGCAGGGCAGCCUCUUCGGGCAACUGGGCACCAUGCCUUCCACGUACAGCACCCUCUUCCUCAGCGGCCAGGGCCUGGCUGGGAUCUUCGCUGCUCUUGCCAUGCUCAUGUCCAUGGCCAGUGGCGUGGAUGCCCAGACCUCCGCCCUGGGGUACUUCAUCACGCCCUGCGUGGGCGUCCUCAUGUCCAUCGUGUGUUACCUGAGCCUGCCCCACCUGAAGUUUGCCCGCUACUACCUGGCCAAGAAACCAUCAAAGGCACAAGGUCAAGAGCUGGAGACCAAAGCUGAGCUCCUCAAGUCUGAUGAGAAGAACGGGAUUCCCAACAGCCCCCAGAAGGCAGCCCUGACUCUGGAUCUUGACCCUGAGAAGGAGACAGAGAUGGAGCCAGAGGAACCCCAGAAGCCAGGAAAACCUUCAGUUUUCAUUGUCUUCCAGAAGAUCUGGCUGACGGCGCUGUGCCUCGUGUUGGUCUUCACAGUCACCCUGUCUGUCUUCCCAGCCAUCACGGCCAUGGUGACCAGCUCCACCAGCCCCGGGAAGUGGAGUCAGUUCUUCAACCCCAUCUGCUGCUUCCUUCUCUUCAACGUCAUGGACUGUCUGGGACGGAGCCUGACCUCUUACUUCCUGUGGCCAGACGAAGACAGCCGGCUGCUGCCCCUGCUGGUCUGCCUGCGCGUCCUGUUUGUGCCACUCUUCAUGCUGUGCCACGUGCCCGAGAGGUCCCGGCUGCCCAUCCUCUUCCCACAGGACGCCUACUUCAUCACUUUCAUGCUGCUUUUUGCUGUUUCAAAUGGUUACCUGGUGUCCCUCACCAUGUGCCUGGCGCCCAGGCAGGUGCUGCCACACGAGAGGGAGGUGGCCGGCACCCUCAUGACCUUCUUCCUGGCUCUGGGGCUGUCCUGUGGAGCCUCCCUCUCUUUCCUCUUCAAGGCGCUGCUCUGAAGUGCUCCGUCCAGGGCUCUCCCAGCAUCUUCUCUUCGGAGCUGAGACCCAGCACAGGGGGAAUGGUGGGCCGGGCUCAAGCCUCUGCUGAGCUGGGGCCCCGCGGUCUGGGGGUGCCAGGAAGA